GAUAUUGUUCCUGGACCGGAUCGAGUCCGUUCCGUCAGUGUUUUCAGACGUUCAGGGGACGCGCCUUCUUGGGCAGAUCUUCGCUGGCAUAAUUACAGGCCACGCAGCAGCAAGAGAUGAACGGAGCUCUGGGAAAGGUGCUGUGUCUGAGGAACAAUACCAUUUUUCAGCAAUCCUUUUCCCUCUUAAGGUUCAGAACUUCAGGAGAGAAUCCCAUCUGUUCUGCAGGUGGCAUUCUGUUGAGUACCAGUCGGCACUACAGGUCAAAGCCCACCCACGGCAUUGGAAGAUACAAGCACCUAGUUAAAGCACAAGAGCCCAAGAAGAAGAGGGGGAAAGUGGAAGUGAUACCCAUUAAUUUGGGGACAGAUUAUGAAUAUGGAGUAUUAAAUAUUCAUCUGACUGCAUAUGACAUGGCUCUGGCAGAGAGUUAUGCCCAAUAUGUUCACAACCUCUGCAACCAUCUCUUGAUUAAAGUCGAGGAAAGUUACGCGAUGCCCACCAAAACUAUGGAGGUGUUGCAGCUGCAGGACCAAGGCAGGAAAAUGUUCCUGGACUCAGUUCUCACCACACAUGAGCGAGUGGUCCAGAUCAGCAGUUUGAGUGCUACGUUUGCAGAAAUUUUCUUGGAAAUAAUCCAAAGCAAUCUUCCUGAAGGAGUCAAACUGUCAGUGAGGGAGCACACUGAAGAAGACUUCAAGGGAAGAUUCAAAGCUCGGCCAGAACUGGAAGAACUGUUAGCCAGGUUGAACUAGCUCAUUGCAGACCCUUUCAUGUUGGCACUGGUUAUACUGUGUGCUAAGGAGAAGAGCUUCCUGGGUGGCCAAAGUUAAGUGGGACACCCUGACCCUCAAUAUCAUUAGUACCCAUCUCUUCCACUAGGAAUGCCUCCUCUCUGUGGAGGAGUGCUUGCUAAUUGUCAACACUUUCUUUUCAGCUAACCCUAGGUAUCCUCCAUCUAAUAAAAAUCUCCUGAUGAUGCAA